CCGGCCGAAGAGAAUAGAUCGGCGGGCGAGAGAAAAGAUCGCCGCUGUUGUUAAUCCGUGGUGGUAUCCGCGGCAGCGUUAUCGCGUGUCGCGAUCACAGGGGGUGACGAGAGAAGAACGGAGGGAGGAACGCCGGUGAUCCGCGAGAUACGUCACUGCGAAACGGAACCGGAGCAACAGGCUCCUUCCAGAGAGAGAGAGAGAGAGAGAGAGCGAGAGAGAGAGAAGUUUUGUGAGGAGGGGGGUGGACGCGGGGGUGCAUCGCGCGGUGCAUCCGUCCGUCGAUCGUCGCGACGCCCGCGCGCCCGCGUGUCGUCAGCCCGUACGCGACGUGGCUCCUGUUCCGCGAUCGCGGUGCUUCGUUUUCGCGAGUGUACACAUCCGAAGGAGAGGAAUCGCGACGGAGUCGGAGUAAGGAGACUUUCGGAACUAGUACAAUUCUUCGCGGGACGGAAGAAGGAUGUCGUCGGUGAAGCUUGCCGAUCGCAUUGGAGACCGGCUGGCCGACGUGAGAAGCUCCGAGGAAGCGGUACACGCGUGAGGAAAAGCAAGGGGAGGAAGAAGUAGAAGAAGAAGACGAUUCUUCCCGUCGCGAGAAUAGCAACGCCGGCGUUCCGCGAACAUCUUGGAGUGAGAGAACGACGAGGAAACAACGCGUAUAACGCGCGUACGGAUCCGAUCGCCGUAAGAGAAUUCGGCGGAAGAAAAGGGAGAAGACCUUCGUGCGAGAGAGGUGCGGGCACAGCGCGCAGCGGGCCGAAAGAAGGAGGGUGGGAGGGAAGGCGGUAGGAAGGGGUGGCGGAGAGAUAGAGAGAUAAAAAGAAAGGGAGAGAAGGAGAGGGUGAGUCAGGACGCGCCGCCGGCGACAGACUGCACUCUCGUGGCGUUCAGGGCGCAAGCGUGCACGUGUGUUGUGCGUUUCUGUGCCCUAACCCUGUCCCGCUACCUGGGAGGAGUAGCGUGAUCGUCAUCCCUCCGUGGCUACAUCCCCACCGUGCCGCCGUUGCCGCCGUUGCCGCCACCGCCACCGCCACCGCCAACGACACCGACGCCGACGCCGCCGUCAACUCGCCAUCCCUCCGACGCGCGUGGAGGAGCGCCACGCCGACGAAACGACGGCGACGACGACGACGACGACGACGACAACGACAACGACGACGACAGGACCCCCACUGCCGUUACCACUACAACCGCUGCUACCACCACAUCGGCGGUCCGCAACGACGGUAACUUUGGUCGCUCCUGCCGACGCGCUACAUCACGCGUGACGUUGCACCCAACAGCGCGCACGUUAGCGCGCGGCGACGUAUAUACACGCGCGCUUCCCUUUUCCCUCACGCACGCACGUCUCACGCUCUCAGGCGGCGCGCGCGUUGAAAGGCAUAGGAACGUUGCCGGAAGAGGAGAGCGGAUUGAAGGAGAGAGAGGGGUUUACCAGGGUGGGAGCAACGAGGGGGGAGGGUGGUGGGGGGUAGAAGGAGGAAAUCGGAAAGAGACACGGAAGGGAAACUAGAGCUAUAGGGGUGGAGAAGGGGUAGAAGGGUGAGCAAGAAAGAGGAAGAGGAGGAGGAGGAGGAGGAGGAGGUACGGGAGGACGACGACGAGGGCGACAACGGCGACGACGACGAGGAGAACGGAGGAGCGCCGGCGGUGGAGGGGGUGGACAUCCACGCGGGAACACGAGGCAGGCGCACCCGGCCGGCACGCGCACACACAUCCUAAGAUGUGAUUUCAAAAAUGGCGGAUUGCCCCUAUGCCCGCUGCAUACAGGAACGCAGACACAUCCGACGGGAGCUGCUGCGAUGGACAAAGAAUAUGGUCUUCGUAGUCGGUCUGGAACGGGUAGCGGAGGAGUUGAUGGGCCGUAGGAGAUGGAAGCAAUACCAGGACACCCUGUACAGCGGCACUCGCAGCAGCGAAUCACAGCCCCACCAUCGGCUUUACCCGGCGUUGUCGUCGUCCUGCAAUCCGAUACCCGGGAGCCUGGACCAGAUUGGGCAGCCGCAGCUGCAUCACCCGGCACCCACGUCGUUGCCGUCGACGGUGCUGACGACGGCGACGACCACGACGACAACGACGACGACGACGCUUGCGACCGGUGUGGUGAAACAGGAGAGUCUGCAGAGGCAUCAUCUGCAGAAUCACCAUCACCUACCCGCACCGGUACAGGACCAUUUACAGCAGCAACAGCAGGAGGAUUCGCGCCGUCUGAGGCCGGGCGAAGUCAAGGUCGAGGUCGCCGACGAGGAGCUGACGGACGGUGCCGCGCGGGAGGACGCCUCGACGAGGACGACGGAUACGGCGACGUCGACGACGGCGACGGCGACGGCGACGACGGCGGAAGUAGCGACAACGACGGCAACGGCGACGACCAUCGGCAUCGCGACGACCACGUCGACAACGACGACAGCGACCGGCACGACGACGAUAGCGACGAGACGGCGACGUGGACGCCGGCAAAACGACGGGGAGGACGUCGACGGGGAGGAGGACGGCGAAGAGAACGACGAGGAAACGGGACGGGGCCAGAACGAAGCGGAGAAACGGCUCAAGCUCGACGAGGACGCCGACAGGUCGGCGGUCAGCCCUCUCAGAACGGAGAACGAUCGUGCGACUCGGGAUCAUCCGACUGCCAACGCUACCGACACGGAAGGGACCAAGGAACGAACGGAGGAAAUCGCGUUGGAGCGGGCACCGAUAACGCAGGGCUUACUGAGGGUAAAGAAAGAGGAGGAGCUGCAGGAAGUACCGGGUUCUGGCGGUACCACGACGAUAUCGACGACACCGGCGACGGAUUCGGAAGGGACCAGGUCGGGGCUGUUAUGCCGCGACGGGAACGCAGCCGCGACGAGCGUCGCGACGCCGUUUCUCCUUGGAAGACGCACGAGCCCGCCGCCGGAGGACUGGAAGCCGCUCGACAAGUGUUACUUCUGCCUCGACGGCAAGCUACCCCACGACGACCAGCCGCCCCUUAGUCCGCAGAGCGACAGUAGCAGCAGCUCGCGAUCGGCGGAGUCACCGAUGUCGGUCCAGGUGGAUCCGAUGGCGGCGUCCGUGGUCGCCGCCGCUCUCAGCGGCACUUACCCCACCUUGCUGCCCCAAUGGUGCUUACCGCCGAGGGAGGCGCCCCUUGUUGGGGUGCAGACCCAUCAGGACAGCGCCGCGGCGGCCGAUCAACCGCUCGAUCUCUCGGCCAAACCCAGAAAUUCUCAGGACAACAACAUAUCUCUAUUGGAGCAACAGAAAAUACCUCUGAGAAUGCCGACAGGCAUCGAUCCCAAGACUAUCCUGAACUCGUGUUACCGCGCGAAACCGCGAAUGACCGGACCGGUUGUGACCGCGGCGGCAGCGGCGGCGGCGGCUGCGGCAGGCGUCGGUGGUGUUCCAGUGGUGGGUGCCGGGGGCGGCAGGAGGACUUAUACCGAGGAGGAACUGCAGGCCGCCCUCAGGGACAUCCAGAGCGGCAAACUCGGCACGCGGAGGGCAGCGGUAAUCUACGGGAUACCGCGUAGCACUCUGCGCAACAAGGUCUACAAGCUCGCGAUGGAACGCGAAAGGGACGCGUCCCUGACUAGCACCCAUUCACACCCUCACGAGCCCGGCGCCCCAGCCACCACCACCACCACCAUCACCACCACCACCACCACCACUACUACUACUACUACAACACCACCAAAUACGACCCAAAACGCCUCCGCGACCACUCCGCCCCCGCAAGUGGACGAGGUGGACGACAAAGAAUUAUCCGGUGCAGAAGAGGAAAAGGAAGUUGAAAAGGCCCUGUUGAAGCCUCUGCUGUCGUUGGAGGAUCUCGUGAGGUUUUCUACACUCGAAGGGACUGGUGGUGAUUCCCUCAGAAACUUGUUGCAACGAGGACAUGAGACAGGAGCCGAAUGGCCGGGAUUGGAACACGCGAACAUCGGUCCCUAUAUUCAGAAGAUGUUGGCUGCCGCUGCACCAUUAGGCAUGGACACGCGAGACUAUCGCAUACCCGAAGUAAUGAGGAAGCUGAUGAGUGAGGACAAGAGGCUGAACAAGAACGUGAACGGUGAUCAGUCACAGCCGCAUCACCAUCAGCACCAUCUUCUCGCACAUCAGCAGUCGCAGCAGCAGCAGCGAGGGCCCAUGACGAACGAUGACUUCAAUCCCAACAUCGAGGAAGAAGCCAGCGACAGCGCUCAGGGCAGAGCGAUAUUGAAAAUUCCGUCCUACAAGCCCGCCAGCACGCCGGGCUGUUCCAGCAAGAACGGCGAGCCGACUUCCGCCGCAUUCGCCCAGAGCUUCGCGGCUGCCGCCUCGAGUCCGGGCCUUCUGGAACGAGCUAGUCCAGCGUUUUCCAGUACCAGCAGCCCCACGAAUUCGCUGGUAGGCAAAGCGGUGGCCGUCAAUUUCCGCGACGUUAUCGCCAAAAGCAUUAGCGUCAAGUUCCAAGAGGGUCAAACGCCCAGCGCGGCUGGCAUACCGGGCUGCCAACCAGCCGGUGUGGUUCCAUCGCAGCAGGCGAUGAUAACAGAUCCGAGUCCGUUCAAGAGGGGUCGGUACACACCUCCACAGCCGCCACAACAACAGCAACAGCAGUCGCCGGCGCAGCAAUCGCAAUCCAAGCAGCAGUCGCAAGAGGCGAACAAAUCAAAACCGGGUACUGGCGGCAAGGGCACCAGACCUAAACGCGGAAAAUACAGAAACUACGACAGGGAUAGCCUUGUCGAAGCGGUACGCGCAGUUCAGCGCGGCGAGAUGAGCGUGCAUCGUGCUGGCAGCUUUUAUGGAGUUCCGCACUCCACCCUUGAGUACAAAGUCAAGGAGCGGCAUCUCAUGAGGCCGCGCAAGAGGGACCAGAAGCAGCCGGACGACAAGGCGAAAGAGACUGCGACGACGGCAGCGGCGGCAGCGGCGGCCGCGGCGAUGCGGCCGGGCACUGCUGGCGUCGACAAGAAGCCGCAGCUGAAGCCGCAGAAACCGUUCACACCGCCCGGCGGUAUACCCGGUCCGAAUGGACUGAAAAUGCCUCCGUUCAUGGAGGGCAUGCCCCACCUGCCAUUCGGACCUUUCAACUUCUGGAACCCGUCGCCCUUCAUGCCCUCCCCCUUUAUGGGUGGCGCGCCGAACGUGCCGAUCCUUCCGGAACAAUAUUUCGCAUCGCAGAGAAUGCGUGGGCUGCAGGAGCAACAACGAAACGCCACGAUGGUACAGCAGCAGCAGCAUCAGCAACGAGACCGAGAUGGAGUUGGCGUUUCCGGAACGGCAGACGCGGCCGGAACUUCGAACUCUCGAAGCGCUUCGAUGGCGAAGGCGCCGCGCGACAUGGUGGAGAGCAUUUACGAUGGGCCCGGGGCGAACGGCAGUUUCCUGGACAAUCUGAUCAGGUCGAGCCUUGAGACAGGCAUUCCAAGGGACCAGCGGGCGAUAGCGGAGGCGAGAAAUCAGCAACAGCAGUCGUCAUCGCAACACCCGGAGACGAUGAGUAGCAAGACACUGAUCGAUCAGCUCUGCAGAAACUCGAGGAGGACCCCGCUGCCGCGGAUGGCGCAGGACAGUAGCGAGGACGAAAGUUAUCGAGGACCAACGGGCAGGAUGGUGCCAGAGAGACCGGAGCGCGUGCCCACGGUUGACCUUAGCCCUUCACCGUCGGAGAGAGGUCGCACGGAAGACGGCAGCGAUCGGCUGACGUCACCACCGACACCUCUGUCGAUUUCUCGAGCGGGCAGCAGGGACGAGGACAGCACCCGUGACUCGAGAAUCGAUCGCAGCAGCAGAGAGCGCGAGGUUCACAACGGCGGCCAGGAGGAUCGCGACCGGAAGCAGCCUCUGAGUCUGCAACAGCAGCAGCAGCAGCAGCAGCAGCAACCACAGCUGAAUCACUACCCGGACUUACACAACCUCUACGCCGCGUCAACUGACAAAAAAAGUGCCUGUGAUAGUAAGCUUAUAGUAGAUCAUUCGAGCCAGAAGACUCAGCCGCAGCAACAACAAAAGGAAUACGCUGCCGUGAGCGGGCUGGUCGUGCAACUGCAGAGGGGCUACAACACCGCGAGCAGCAGAUCCGGCGAGCCGACUAACAGCCAGCAGCCGGCGGCGGCGGAGCAGCGCGGCACCGCGCUCAGCAUGGAGGACUCCGUAGAGUAGACGAAAUUAAUAUAGCAGGCAGACCGUUGGACCAAGACGAAAUUGACAGAGACGAAAGUCAGAGUAGGAAGGAUCGGAGGCCAGACGAACGCGAGAAAACGGCGACAAAAUGAAAAAUAAAAUGGUACUGUAGUGCGGGCCAGGAUUUCCUAUUUUUCUCGCAUAGUCGAGCGUAGUUGCGGGAAAAUGAUGCGAAUAAAUACAGAAAAGAGGAGGAUAGAGCAGCAGAAACGAAAAAGGAUGAUCCACACGCACUCAUCUCAUGACUCUCUUUAAAAGUAACGACUGAAAGACUCUAGGCUGUACAUAAAGUAUAAGGCAUGUAUGUUCGGUGUUUUAAAAAUGCAAAAAUUCCUUAUUAAUGCAAAAAAAAUUAUACCUACGAAAAAAGUAAACCAUAUAGGCAAGGCUACUCUCUCGGUGUUUUUUGGAACUAAACUUAAAAUUUACCCUAUUUAAAGCAAAAAACCGUGAAUAAUGUAACUUUAAAGAAAGCGCGCGUAAACGCGAAAACAAGUUAUUGAGUGUAAACGUUAAGGUCUCCUUAGGGUUAAAAAAAAAAACAAGCUGAACAGCAACAAAGCGAAAUGCAAGCUAAUUAUGAUUGUGUGUAAACGUAAAUUUAAACCUUCCUUCGCCCUGUGUCCGCUAAGUCACUUUUUAACUGUCCACCACCACACCAACGCCUGUGUCUCUCUUCCCUUUUAUUCCUCACCUACUCCUCACUUCCUCGCAGACACACCUUUGAUGAAGUAUAUAAAUCACUCGGUGUGAUCUGUCCUAUUCGAUGCCUCCAAGUCUUUUUCUAAACGUUCACCAGGCAUUAUUAUGCGAAAAGGAGGGGAAUAUGUUUAUACACUUGUUCCAAUUACUAACUCACUUAUCCCUUUAUCACCCUCCCACAAUCCAGAGCCCACCCAGAACCUAUACCCGCAAAUUCGCAUCCACCGAUACACCCAGAAAUUCAAGCCCGAUAUCCUUUAUCGAAAGAUUUAUCGUUAGAUGUGAAAAAAUGAUAUUUAUCGUGCGGAUGAUAGUAAACGUGCGUACACUAUGAUUGUCGUUAAUUCAAUUACGGUUACGAUGUUUCGUCGCGACGUUUAGUGCGGUCUAUAAUCGGCGGAUCUCAAAUCUCCACGAUCCAUCUGGUGCAACGCGGUACGUCUUUCGGUAUUUCUUUUUUAUCGCGAAAGAAAAGGUGAUACACCAAGGGAAGUUAGAGAGCGCGCAGGCAAAUGUGGGACAAACGAGACUAUUCGCGUCCGACGUCCGUGUCGCCGAAAAUAAUUCGCAGUUGCUACGAAUACCUAUAUCCUUUUCAUCUCGUUGCUUGUAAUUGGAUCAAAUUCGGGAAGCAGACCGACGAUCAAAUUAUUGGUGAUUUUCUCUCGCUAUAGAAUGUGUUAUUCAAUUGGUAUCUGUAAUUUUAUACAUAUUCGUUAGCUAGACGAAAAUUGGCCGGAGUAAAAGAGAGUAAUGUUUACAAUUAAGAACAUUGCAAUUAA